AUGGGCAACAACUCCAGCAGAGAGGGGCGCCCCGGCACGUCGCUGGGCCACUCGAGGUCGCACGAUGGCCACUCGCACGGCUCGCAGCAAGGCGCCCAGAACCAAUCCGGCGACCGCAUGUACUCGUCGCGCAGCGGCCGCAGCAGCCGCCCCGACCUCUCCUUCCUCGGCAUCAACACCAGCUCCGACAGAGACCCUCCCGAGUUCACCAGGCGCGAGACCAGAGCCGAGCGUGAGGCCCGGAAGCGGGAGAAGGAGCGGAUACUGAGGGAGCAGGAGCGCGAGCGGAGCGUGCGCGAGGAGGGUGUUGAUGGAGGAUACCUGGUCACUCUGGGCACCUACACCGGCCCCGAGGAUUUUAGCAAAUCAACAGUCCGCCAGCUGAUGAUUGAACGCCGUGUGGCUCCGUUCUGGAAGGGCCUCAAUGACCACGAAGACACAUGGACCGAGGCUCAGCUGGUGUGCAUCGUCAAUGACCGCCCGCUGCCCGCCCCGGACGAGCCUCUCCCUGCCGAUUUGGAGCCCGCGCGGACCGCCGAUUCGAAGAACCCAAAGUCAUCCGAGCAGAGCCUCAACGGCCUGAUGGUGCCCAUCACCGGCAGAACGCCCUCCAGCACCUCGGAUGCCUCCGGCCGUCUUUCCCCCGGCCAGAGUGCCUUUUCGCUUCCUUCGGCCACUUCGCCUCUCGGUAACACAUCCUCAUCAUCUCCCUUCUUCCGCGGCCGCGCCAAGACUCUCGCGGCCUUGACAACGUCCUCGAAGAAUAACUCGCAAACUGAUAUGACGCCCCAAGAGGUCAUGCUGCCCAAGGACCCUUACGUGAACGGCCAACGACUCGAAGCAUUCCUGUACAAAGACGCCUCCGAGUGCCCCAUCUGCUUUCUUUACUAUCCUCCCUACCUGAACAUGACUAGGUGUUGCGACCAGCCCAUCUGCUCCGAAUGCUUCGUCCAGAUCAAGCGGCCCGAUCCCCAUCCGCCCGAGCACCACGAUCCAAACGACCCGAACGCCCCGCCCCCUUCGACCGAGCCUCAAGACGACUGCAUGUUGGUAUCCGAACCUGCCGCGUGUCCCUUCUGCAAGCAGCCAGAAUUUGGUGUUACAUAUGAAGCGCCCCCGUUCAGGAAAGGCCUUGCGUACCAGGGCCAGACCAUUCAGCCUUCGGCCAUGUCUUCGGCAUCCUCUCUUGCAGCUCCUACGUCGACAGAGGGUGGAGGUGGAAGGAAGCGGGGCAAAUCGCUAUCAGCAAACUCACCGCAGGUCAUCACGACGGAUAUGGUGCGUCCGGAUUGGGCCAAGAAACUCGCAGACGCACGAGCGCACGCGCUGCGGAGAUCUGCCGCUGCGACCGCCCUACACAAUGCCGCAUACGUCAUUGGCAACAACUCGUCGGACAGCAGAGGAUUCACUCUAGGUAGGAGGAGAAGAAAUCUCUUGAGCAACGACAGCCCAAACAGUAGCGGCACAGGAACGCCACGAAAUGGAUCCAGCGACCCUCUGACUCAGCUUCUAGGUUCGGCAGGCAGAGAGCGCGGAUCGGAAAGCCAGCAGCAGGAUUCUUCGGGACGGCAUGGCUCGCGGAGAAGUCGCAUGGAGGAUCUCGAGGAACUCAUGAUGAUGGAGGCGAUCAGGCUCAGUCUUGCUGCGGAAGAGGAACGGAAACGGAAGGAGGAGAAGGAGGCGGAUAAGAAGGCCAAAAAGGAAGAGAAGAAGAAGGCCAAGGAGGAGAAGAAGGCUCAGAAGUACGGCCGCAAGACUGGUUUCUUCCCCGUCGAUGUCCCGGAGGAUGCUCCUCAGCCUGGCCCUUCUGCACAGGGCGAUUCGAAAGGGAAAUCGAUCGACCGUUCCGGAGCCGGAUUCAACCCCAUGUGCGAGCCCACGUCGACGCUCAACACCGGAGCCUCCUCGUCGGCGCGCGCAGAUCCGCAGAAGCACCUUGAGGAGAGCAGAGCACGCAUUCAGAAGCCCUCAGACUCGGUUGGUCCCGCUUCCCCCCUCGACCUCACCGGGCAGACAUCUCAUCGCAUGGCACUCCGACAGCUCUCCAAUGCGUCCUCAUCAGCGUCCUCGCUCGCCGAAUCGGAAGAAGCAGACUCGCUGCGCCAAAACGGUCAGGACGUGAACUCUGGAUCUUCCUUUGAGCCAUCCCCUAACAACAGUGGCUUGAGCCUCGGAGGCGGGGCUUCCGCGUCCGAUCCUCAUGUUGGAUCCGACACGCCUCCCGGCGGCGGCGCCGGUACCGAGCCCAUGUUCAACUUCAGGAGCUUAGCGGCCGUCAUCGGCAACGAGGACGAGCGGGAAAAGUCUCAGACCGAGCACCUCGAAGACAUCGGCCCCUCCACUCCGUCCCCCAACAACGAGAAGUCCAGUCACGAAGCGAUGAGAGCGGGGGACGGAGCUGCCGCAUCGACCAUCCCCACGUUGUCCCCGGCAGCUGCAGCAGACGGCAACGUGACUCGCAGUCGCGGAGAUUCGGGCGAGAGCUCCAGCAGCAGCGCGCCACCGCCCGUCUUCAUCACGCCUGCCAGCCCGCCGCCUGACGGGAAGGCUCCGUGGUUGCCGAUGCCGGAUUUUGGCGACAACGAGUUGGAUCAGAAGAGUGUCGGGGACGUGCAGAUUGACGAGCGGCAACAAGAGCAUGAACAUCAGAGGCAGCGGCAUGAGACUGAUUCUCAUUGA